AUGACAAACACUGGAAACCUGUCCUGUAAGAAAUCCUUCUCCAACAACAAACAAAAGCAAAACUAUCUGCCGAAGCGGAUAAUACUGGUGCGGCAUGGGGAAACCCAAGUGAAUGAGGAUGAGACUGUUCUUGAAUACGUGCCCAAUUACAAGAUCAAGUUGAGCAAAAAGGGUCGCCAUCAGGCUCACAAAACAGGCUCCAAAAUCAGGGAAAUUGUUUCUCAUGAAAACAGCGACUGGAAGGUCUUCUUUUAUGUUUCUCCGUCGAGCAGAACCAGGGAAACAAUGGAAGAGAUCAUGGGCGGAGGAGAAACGUUCCCCAAAGAGAAAGUUGUGGGAGUGCGAGAAGAAUGCAGGCUGAGGGAACAACAUUUUGGGAAUUUCCAGGAAAUGGAGACGAGGAAGAAGAUCAAGAGAAUGAGGAACGGGUACGGGAAAUUCUUCUACCGUGUCCCUGAUGGCGAAUCCAGUGCUGAUGUUCACGACAGGGUAUCAGCUUUUCUUGAAGGGCUGUGGAGGGACAUGGAAACCAACAGAUUCGGCAAUGGCCCGUCGAACGAGCUGAACCUGAUAGUGGUUUCCCAUGGGCUCACGAUUCUUCUCUUCCUCAUGAAAUGCUUCAAUUGGAGUAUUGAUCAGUUUGAGGGUCUGACCAAUCCAGGAAACUGCGAGUACAGAGUGAUAGAGGUAGGAUGCAACGGGGAAUACAGCCUGUCUGUUCAUCACCAAGAUGAGGAGCUGAGGGAAUGGGGAUUGUCUCAAGAAAUGAUUGAGGAGCAGAAGCUUAGAGCUUAUGGCCCCGGAUUUCUUUGA